GUGACUGAAGGGAAACUGAAAGAAAAUGUUAAGUGUUUAUCUUCUGACAUUUUAAACAGGUGAAGUCGAUAUAUAAUGUUCGCUAUGUGGAGUAUCAAACGUUUAUUAUAAGUCUUUAUAAAAGCAUAUAGAGGUAUUUCCGUGUAUUUAUUAGGUGUAAACGUUGGAUGAUUGUCUCUUGUGGAGAUCGGAUUCACCUCUUUUGCAGCUCCAUCAUGAACGAAACACAAACAUCCCCAGAUGGAGAUUUCUGUACAGGAUGCAGUUUAGUUCAUCAGAAGAGAUCAGACUCAACUGACAUCAGCUGUGUGUCUAUGAAGAGUGACGAGUCUAUAGAUGUGCCAAUCAAAUUUAGUCAUGGAGAUAAAAGCACUGCUCUCAGUUCAGUUCAUCAGAAGAGAUCAGUCUCACCUGACAUCAGCUGUGUGUCUAUGAAGAGUGACCAGUCUAUAGAUGUGACACUCAAAUUUAGGACAAGCCCUGCGUUCAGACCAGUCUUAACAGAACCCGUCUGUAGGAAGUUGGAACUUAAAUCACAAGACUUUAAUGAAGACAUGUGUGCUGGAUUCAGCCCUAAGUCUAAACUUACUGAAGUCCUCAACAUAUUCAGAUCAAAUCUGAAGCAGAAGUUUGAGUGUUUGUGUGAAGGAACAUCACAAAAGAGAAACCCAACACUGCUAAAUGAGAUCUACACAGACCUCUACAUCACAGAGAGUGAAAGUGGAGAGAUCAGUAAUGAACAUGAGGUGAUGCAGAUUGAGACACAAUCCAGGAGAGCAGCAACAGAGGACAAACCAAUCAAAUGCAGUGACAUCUUUAAACCUUUACCCGCACAAGACAAACCCAUCAGACAUGUGCUGACUAAAGGAGUCGCUGGGAUUGGAAAAACAGUCUCUGUGCAGAAGUUCAUUCUGGACUGGGCUGAAGGGAAAGAGAAUCAGGACAUCCACCUCAUAUUUCCACUUCCGUUCAGAGAACUGAAUCUGAUGAAAAACAAAACACUCAGUCUUUUAGACCUUCUUCAUCUUUUCUUCCCUGAGAUGAAAGAAAUAGAAAUCUCCAGGGGUGAAUAUAAAGUGUUGUUCAUCUUUGAUGGUUUGGACGAGUGUCGACUACAUCUAAACUUCCCCAACAAUCAGAGUUUGUCGGAUGUAAAUGAAUCGGCUUCGGUAGACGUGAUGCUGAAUAACCUCAUGGCGGGGAAUCUGCUUCCCGCUGCUCUCAUCUGGACCACCUCCAGACCGGCAGUAGCUGAUCUCAUCCCCUCUGAGUGUGUUGAUCGAGUCACGGAGGUACGAGGCUUCACUGACAAACAGAAGGAGGAUUACUUCAGCAAGAGGAUCAGUGAUGAGAGUCUGGUCAACCGAAUCAUCUCACACCUGAAGUCAUCCAGGAGCCUCUACAUCAUGUGUCACAUCCCAGUGUUCUGCUGGAUUUCAGCCACCGUUCUAGAGAGAAUGUUGGGUGAAGCAGAGAGUGAUGGAGAGAUCCCCAAGACUCUCACUCAAAUGUACACACACUUCCUGAUCAUUCAGACAAACAUCAAACAUCAGAAGGACUAUGAGAAGAAUGAUAGAGAAAUGAUCUUAAAACUUGGCAAACUGGCUUUUGAGCAGCUUGUGAAAGGCAAUGUGAUCUUCUACGAUGAAGACUUGAGAGUGUGUGGCAUUGAUGUAGCAGAAGCAUCGGUGUACUCAGGAUUGUGCACUCAGAUCUUCAGAGAGGAGUUUGGCUUGUAUCGGGGGAAGGUUUACUGCUUUGUUCAUCUGAGCAUUCAGGAACAUCUCGCAGCUCUUUAUGCUCACCUCUCGUUCACAAACAACAACAGAAAUGUGUUUAAACCUGGAUUUUUUUCUAAGAUUUUGGAUAGGAUAAAAAAAGAGAUUUUCCUAUCUGAGCUGCAUCAGAGAGCUGUAGAUAAAGCUUUACAGAGCAGGGAUGGACAUCUGGACCUGUUCCUGCGUUUUCUUCUGGGUCUCUCACUGGAGUCCAACCAGAAUCUCUUACGGGAUCUACUGACAAAGAUGAGAAGAUGCUCGUACAAGAAAGAGGAAACCGUUGACUACAUCAAACACAAGAUCAAGAGGAAUCUGUCUCCAGACAAAUCCAUCAAUCUGUUUCACUGUCUAAGUGAACUGAAUGAUGAUUCACUGCUUCAGGAGAUUCAACAUUACAUGACAUCUAGAUCGGUGGCGCAGUCCAAACUCUCUUCUUCACAGUGGUCAGCUUUGGGUUUUGUGUUGCUGAUGUCUGAGCAGCAUUUGGAAGAAUUUGAUCUAAGUACAUUUGUUAGAGGACAAAAUACAGCAGAUGAGGUUCUUGUGAGACUGCAGCCUGUGAUAAAAGAAUCCAAAAAGCUUGAGUUAAGUUGGUGUUCUAUCACAGCUGAAGGUUGUGUUGCUCUGGCUUCAGCGCUGAGAUCAACCCCCUCACAUCUGACAGAUCUGAAUCUGUCUUAUAAUAAUCUGAAAGAUUCAGGAGUGAAGCUGAUGUCUACCGUACUGGAGAAUCCUCACUGUAAACUGACGUCCCUCAGAUUAUGUGGAUGUUCUAUCACAGCUGUAGGUUGUGAUGCUCUGGUUUCAGCGUUGAGAUCAAACCCCUCACACCUGACACAUCUGAAUCUGUCUGAUAAUAAUCUGACAGAUUCAGGACUGAAAAUCAUCUCUACUCUACUGGAGAAUCCUCAAUGUAAACUGGAGAAACUGAUGUUGGAGCGUUGUUCUAUCACAGAUGGAGGCUGUGCUGCUCUGACUUCAGCUCUAAAAUCAAACCCAUCGCACCUGAGAGAACUGAAUCUGUCUGAUAACUCUCCAGGAAAUUCAGGAGUGAAGCUGAUCUCAAAUGUCCUGGAGAAUCCUCACUGUAAACUGGAGAAACUGGAGUUGAAGAAGUGUAAUAUCACAGAUAAAGGUUGUGUUGCUCUGUCUUCAGCUCUGAGUUCAAACCCUUCACAUCUAAGACAUCUGGAUCUGUCUGAUAACUAUCUGAUGUAUUCAGGAGUGAAGCUAAUAUCUACUUUUCUGGAGAGUCCUCAGUGUAAACUGGAGAAACUGGACUUGAGGUUCUGUGACAUCAAAGAUGAAAGUCGUGCUGUUCUGGAUUCAGCUAUGAGAAUAAACUCACACCUGAGAGAAUUAUAUUACUGAGACAUUACUGCAAUAUAAAAAAUAAUAAUUUCCAUUCCUGUUCAAGUUGAACAAUUUGAUUGCCUGUAUCUACAGUACAUAUAUAUAUAGUAUGUAUUAUACGCUAUAAUGUUUGAUUUAUAUAAUCAUGAUUGAUGAAUAGUGAUUGUUAAAUCCUACAGAUUUUUAUUAAAUCUUCAGGAGUAAGUGGGUGUGGGGGUGUUCCCAGCAUCACAUCACUGCCCACAUCUAUUGCUCCUCCUUUAACUUUCACUUUAAUUCAUUUAUUUGUUUGAGUGACAUUAACAUACCUCUGAUGCGGCACAAAGUUUCUAGUGUUUUACAGUAUUGUUUAUGAAGUUAUUCAGUGUACUGGUCUGUUUUUUUGUUUUAAAUAUUAUAACGAUUUCCUCACAUUUAAUUGUAAUGUCAUAUUGGAUUGAAAGUGGUAGUCAUUCAGAGCUCCUCCUCAUUACUAGAUCUCAAAGUGUGAAGUUUAAACUUUGAAAAUGACAGAUAAUUUGUUGAUGUGGAUAUGCUUAUUUUAGGAAUUGACAUUGUCACAUGCAUAAAUCAAUUCAAACAAAUUUCCAUAAUUGUCUGUAGGUUUGUACUUUUAAUACACAGCCCUAUAUGUGUUUGUCACCUUUUUCAUGUCAGAUUUGGGCAGAGUGAGCGUGAGCCUAAUAACGUGUGACUCAAAGAUGAAAUUUUUAAUCUAAGUAAAGGCUUUAAGCAGUAGUUUAAAGUUUCAUUCAGUCUGUCUUGCAGUAACGCUGUUCCACCAAACAGGAGGCGCUGUUGAGCAGUGGUUCCACACUGUCUUCAUCCCUAAUAUCCAAACAGGGCAUACAAAAAAAUCACACUUGUUUAACAACCUACAAAUGUUCAUAUUUAUUAACACGUGUGGUAAGUAACCUAAUUAACCUAA